AUAAGCAGUUCCUGGCGUUCUUCUUCAAGCAACUCAAGGUUAACCAGAGCGGGCGCUACGAGGACACCUUCCCCUACCUCUCCCCCUGCGGCCGUGAGCACAACUACAUCCGCUGUGACGACCGGCCCGUCGUCUUCACCCACCUCCUGCAGGGCGCCUCCGGCGAGGAGCUCCUGUCCUACUGCGGCGGCGCAGACAGACUGACCGUGCCCUUCCGGCCCGAGAAGCUGCUGAUGCUCCCGGAGAACGGGCGUGUCUACCACCCUGGCCCAGAAAAGGCGGGCGGCGUGGGGCUGGUGAAAUCCGCCCUGGCCUAUGAGCUAAGCCCCAAUUUUGAGUACGAGCAGGGACCCAGCCAGCCCCCCACCCAUUUUCACUGGCGGGACCAGCGCCACACCCUCACUAAUGAACUGCUGCCGUUCAUCCGAGACCGGGAGGAGGAGAAGGGGGCCUAGAGGCAGUG